UUCAAGGAUCCAGCGUAUCCGCUUUUAAGCCCAAAGGGCGUCGCGACGCCUCUGGAAAACCGGGAUCAUGGCGAAAGGAAACGAAGCAUCGGCGAUGGAGAUCGACGACAACAAGUCCGCUACCGUCGAGCAGAUUAAUCCCAAGUUCUCUAUCAACGUGUUGCAGCUUCUCAAAUCAGCUCAGAUGCAGCAUGGGUUGAGGCAUCGAGAUUACACUCGAUAUCGGAGAUAUUGUACUGCACGCUUGAGAAGAUUAUACAAAUCAUUGAAGUUUACACAUGGUCGUGGCAGAUUUACACGGAGGGCCUUGACUGAGUCAACAGUCACAGAAGUGAGGUUUCUCCAUAUGGUUCUUUAUAUGGCUGAAAGGGCUUGGAGCCAUGCUAUGGAAAAGCGACAAUUACCUGAUGGACCAAAUGGCCGUCAACGAAUUUACUUGCUUGGUAGAUUGAGGAAGGCGGUGAAGUGGGCAAUACUUUUUUCGCAGCUAUGUGCUGCGAAAGGAGACUCUAGAACUUCUCUGGAAGCAGAAGCAUAUGCCUCUUAUAUGAAAGGCACUUUAUUGUUUGAACAAGAUAAGAAUUGGGAAACUGCAUUGAUGAAUUUCAAGAAUGCCAGGGCUGUAUAUGAAGAACUUGGGAAAUAUGGCGAUAUAGAAAAUCAAGUUUUAUGCCGUGAGCGUGUUGAAGAGUUGGAACCAAGCAUCAGGUACUGUUUACACAAAGUAGGCGAAUCGAGCUUGCAAACUUCUGAACUUCUAGACAUUGGUAAAAUGGAGGGGCCUGCCUUAGACCUUUUCAAAGCGAAAUUAGAGGCUGUUAUGGCUGAGGCAAGAUCACAACAGGCAGCAUCCAUGACAGAGUUCUACUGGCUUGGUCACAGAUUUCCCAUCAGUAAUGCUAAGACUCGGGUGUCCAUUCUGAAAGCUCAGGAGCUGGAGAAAGAUCUACACAGCUCAGCUGCGGAUUCAGUCCCAGCAGAGAAAAAGUUUGCCAUGUUUGACAAAAUAUUUUCUGCAUAUCAUGAUGCUAGAAGCUGCAUUCGGAAUGACUUGGCUACUGCAGGAAAUGCUGAGAAUGUAAAAGAUGACUUGAACGGCCUUGAUAAGGCAGUUAGUGCUGUACUAGGGCAGCGCACAAUAGAGCGUAAUCUGUUGCUGGUCACCAUUGCUAAGAGUAAAUUUACAAAGCAUCGAGAUGACAAGGGUGACAAAAUCACAAAACCAGAAGAACUUGUCCGACUAUAUGAUCUUUUAAUACAGAAUGCAACAGAUUUAUCUGAUUUAGUUAGUUCUGGAAGGGAUAGGAACAAAGAAGAAGUCGCGUUUGCUGAAGAAUAUGUUCUUAAGGGGCUGAUAUUUCGAGCAGAGAGGUGCUUCUAUUUAGCUAAAUCCUACAGUUCAGCUAGUAAAAGAAUGGAAGCAUAUGUGUUAUUUUGCCAUGCUCGCUCUCUUGCAGAUACUGCUUUGCAAAAACUUCAAAUGACAGAUAAUCCUGACAAGACUUUGAUCAAGGAUCUGAAGGUCCUGUCUGACAACUGUAGAUCAAACAGUUGCAUUGAACAUGCAGCAGGGAUUAUGGAGGAGGAGAAGAUUCCUGAAAAGCUUUCCAAAGGAGUCUCUACCAUAUCAUUAACCGGAAAUGAAAAGAAGGAAGAGAAGUUCCUUCUGGAAAUGCUUGAUGUUUAUGAAUCGGCAGUUGGCAAUUUAAACACAAAAGCUGUUCCUCAUAUUGAGCGUUUUCCUCCUCCUUUCCAAGCGGUACCUUGCAAUCCUAUCGUUCUGGACAUUGCCUACAACUCAAUCGAGUUUCCAUCUCUUGAGAACAGAAUGAAGAAAGACAAGAAAGGCAUUUUCAGCAGGCUAUGGCGAUAAAUGUUGUCCAGUUGAUUUGGCUACAUGAAGACAAUACAUAUUGACAUUUCCCCUGCCUCUCUAGCCACUUAUCCUAAGGAUUUGGCCAUUCAUCCUUUAUGGUGGAUUAUGCGUCUGUUAUGAUUCUUUUUGCUUUGUUGGUGGGUGUCGAUCUGAGUUCUGGUGGGGUGGGGGGAGAUUGUCAUGUGAGGGUUUGAUGUAUUAAUUAGACAUUUGUGUUGCUAAAUCGCAGGGAAGCAUCCAUUUGUUUUUUUCGCUAUUUCAACCAAGUUAUGAAUCGUCAGUUCUGUUCAUUUUGCAAUAGGCGGUCUUGCUUUCAGUGUGGAGUCAAACAGAUGUUUUGACAAGGACAAAUCCCUCUGACCAAUAAAUCUUUUUGAUAUGCAAUCUACUCUGCUUUUGUGA